AAAUUGGAUAAUCUGAUUGGACGAGGGAGCAGCUGUGAGAGUGCUACUGUUGCACGAGGAAGGACACCAGACGCAAGAGAGAGACUGAGAGAAGGGAAAAGUGAAGGAGGACGAGAAAGAGAGAGAGAAAGAGAAAGAGAAGGAGGACGAGAAGGCUGACAGGGACCGACCGGGAGUCAGGUUGUCAGAGGGAUUAUUCUGGUGACGAAGGGGCCGUGGAUUUAGAGCUGCUGCUCCUCCUGACAUUACAGCUGAACUGGACUGAGGAAGAGGAGGAGGAGGAGGAGGCACGAUGAAGUACAACAACUACAGCUUUCCCGUGACGCAGCUCACCCCGCGCUACAGCAGCUACAGCAGCUACACCCCCUCCUCCCAGUACACACUGUCGACGACACACUACACGCCCUCGACACACUACACACCCUCCACGCACUACACACCCUCCACACACUACACACCUUCCUCCCACCUCACCUCCAGCCACUACACACCGACCAGCUACUCCUCUUCCUCCAAAUACCUGACCCCCUCCUCGAGCUACGCCAGCUACACGUCCACGCCGUACACCUCCUCGUCCCUCUACACGCCCACACACACACACAAGUCUCUGUCCUCGUACUCCUCCUCCCUCUUCACGCCGCCAUCGUCGUCCUACACCAAGCCCCCCCCUCGCCACACCUCCGCGAGGAGGACCUCCGCCACCUCCACCACCCCCGCCGCCACCGCCCCUGCCGCCCCCGUCGCCCCCCCCGCCGCCCCCGUGGUGGUCAUCAAACCCGCCCGCGCCGUGCGGUUCCCCAACGACAUCAUCUUCCAAGACGUCGUGCGCCAUGGCGACCUGGAGCAGAUUGGGCGGUUCAUGAGGGCGCGCAAGGUGCGGCUGGACAAGUUCUUCCUGUCCGGCAUGGCGGCGCUGCAUGAGGCGGUGCUCUCGGGGAACCUGGAGUGUGUGAAGCUGCUAGUGACGUACGGGGCGGACGUGCACCAGCGGGACGAGGACGGAUGGACACCGCUGCACAUGGCCUGCAGUGACGGCUUCCCAGAGAUCGCAAAGUAUCUGCUGUCGAUGGGCGCCAGCACAGAAGCGGAGAACGGCAACGGAGACAAGCCAGCUGACCUCAUCGACCCCGACAGCAGAGAGCUGCUCGAGCUGUUUGAGGUCGGCUGCGUCUGAAGACCAUCCCUCGCUUUCUCUCUUUCUUUCGCUCCCUCUCUCUGUCAUUCUCUCUCUGUGAUGCACCUGAGGGAACAGAGGGGAGAGAAUGACAGCAUAAGAACACACACACACACACACACACACUCUCACACACACACACACACACACACACACACAAGCACACUCUCUCUCUCACACACACACACACACAACUAAGAUUCUGUGACAGAAGUUCUUAUGUGGCUUCUGUUCAGUUUGUCAGUGGAUUGAAGUGAGA